AUUCCACUAAUAUGGCAGUUAAUGUUAAUAAACUCUGUAAAAUUACCGAUGAUCCAUUCAAAUCCGUAGGUAAAAGGUUAGUAAAUAAGAAAUUGUCAACGUCAGAAGUGCGUCUGUCAUUGAUGGGAAAUAUAAACAUUAACUAGUGAAAAUGCCGACUGAAAAUAUUUGUGACGAAAUUGAAAAGGAUGCAUUCUAUAAGGGAUUUCUCUCGGAAAAGCGCGACAGUGCUAGCACCAGUUCCCUUACGAUCUCUGACCAAAUCAAAAAACUUACCGAUGGUUUGGAGAUUCUUUCACUUGAACUCCAAUCUCAAGUGCGGAACCAACAUGGAGCACUUUUAUCACAGGCAACCCAUGCAGGCCGCCUAGAUACCUCUUUAAACACUGUAGUUGGUCACAUGGAGCGCUUGCAAAAUGGUGCAAACCGUCUGAGAAAUCAUAUCGGCGGACAAUUUGCUAUUGUUGAAAGUCAGACUAAAGUUUUGGGUCGCCUUCAUGAUGCAUCGCACAUUUUACGUUCUUGCGGGAAUCUAUUGCAGUUGGCGAAUAAAUUGCGGAAUACACGGGAUCCAAGCAAGCAAGCGGCAAUCCUAUUCGAACUAGAGCCCUUGGUGGAGGAUAUGCAACUGAAUAAAAUCGACUUUAUAAGGGAGGAUAGAGCAUUUGUGAUUUCUAGCCGGCAACGACUUAAUAAUCUGGCUCAAGAGGAUUUAGUUAACGGCCUAAGAGAUGGUAAAGAGGCACAAGUAACUGGAAGUAUUCAGAUUUUUGUAAAUCUUCAAACAAUCGAGAAAUGCAUCGAUAAUUUAAUCGAAACAUUCCUCAAUGAAAUCACACAUUCCAUAAAAGAAUGCUUCGCUGGAACCGAUGUCGCUACGCUUACUUCAUCUAAGCUUUCGCAAACCGACCCAUCAAAAGAGCUACGAAGCAUAUCGUCAUCAACGUCAUCAGCCCCCAAAGGGCCUGGAAAAACACCUAGCCUAACGACAUCCCAACAUUUUCGUACAAAAUUAUGGAAAUCAUUGACGUGGCUAAUGACCGACGAACUAUUUGACUAUUGCCAACAGAUCGCAUUACUGCAAAAAUGCCUGCUGAAUGAGUUCCAAAACACUAAUGCCUUUAAGGAAAAUAACGAUAUACAAGCGAAAUUCUAUAAGCGAUUAGAAAACCUUUUGCGCACUUCAUUCUCCGAGUGUGCUCCGCAUAUAGGACAAUGUCUUCAGGAGGGUCUACCAAAUCUUCUAUCCGCAACAAAAGUUUUACAAUCACGCCUGUCGUCAAAUGAGAUAUUUGGCGAAAAUAUUUUCGAGUCCUUGGAGGCUGGUUAUUUGUCUAAGUGCGGGGCUAAUUUGAAGGCAACACUUCUAGGUGUUAUAGACAGUCCAACAACGGAUAAUGCGGAUAAUUUAAUUCGCGCAGCGUCAGUCGAGUUGAGUUCGGCGAUGGUUGAUAACCGACUAUCUUUGUUGGUUGCUGCCGCUUUCAACGCGUGUAAUAAAGACUUCUGGACAAAGAUUGAGGCUAACGUCAAGUUGGGAACAGAUUCGAAACAAGUUGUUGUCCAACCAAAUGCAGCUCAAAUACAGAAUACAAAUCUUGCGAACAUUAUACACUAUCAUGCAGAAGGUGUAAAGCGGCUUGUCAACAAUUUAGGAGAGAAAUUUCCACCGGAGGCGGCUGCAAGUAUCAUCAAGAACUUGAAUCAAGGGAAAAAUUUGAUUUUGGCAAUUUUGCAGCAGUUGUUAGAAUCAAUGACAGCAACUGUUGGAAUAAUUCUGCUGAGUAUGCACCGUGAGCCUGGACUGAAUAGCGAUAAGUUGUCUACAGCAGGACCCUCAUUGUACAUGAAAGAAUUGCAAGAUUUCCUGCAACGAUCCUGGUCGCUUCAUAUGCUACCUUUUGCGGAUCAUGCUACAGUUUCGGAAUGCGGAGAACAAAUAGCAACACGUUGCAUUGAAUUGUUUGUAAAUAAUUUAUCGAUUCUACGCCCUGUCAGCUCGGCUGGUCGAAGUAGGUUGAAGAAUGAUUGCAGUCAUCUGGAGAAUGCAUUGAAACCAAUUGUGGAGAAUUUGUCAUCAAUCGGCAAACCGUAUCGAUUUUUACGAGCAAUGUCGACUUUGAUCACUUUGCCAAUAGAGCAAUUGGCUCAACAGGAAAUUGAGCAAGAUGGACUCAUUCCCUGUCAUAUAAUCUUGUUCCUAUUGUUUACACAUGCAGGCAGUGAGCUUCAAAGUCCACAUACGGCUGCAAAUUGGUCGAAUGAGCGUUUGAUCCAGUGGUUAGAUGGACAUACUUCGGAUCGCGAAAGAUUGGAGCUGGUAGCUGGGGCGAUCCAUCGUUAUCGUGAAAUCAUACGAAGGAAAAAUAGUACUCAAUAUGAUCCAGUAUAUCCGUUGCUUUCUAAAUAUUUUGAAAACGCUUAUAAAAUUUUGAUCGAGAAACGAAGUGAGAAAUUUAGCUCAUAGGCUUUACGCUGUUAUACCCGAACUGGUUUUUGGUUCCAGGCAAUUUAUUGUAUGCAAUACAGAAAAGCGUAAUAUUAAUUUUUCAAAUUGUUUAUUUUAAAGGAAAUAAAUUUACGUCACAGAUAAA